CCUUGAACAUUCUCACCAGACAAUCCAUAUAUGCCUCCUUCUCUGACCUUACCCAUCAAAAGAACACGUAACGAGCUCAUGCAUGCACAAGAAAGAUCAUCAUGUCACAACCCAAAACCGACAAAGAUCUUCUUCUCCUAGGACGACUCCUCACUUUCACUUUCUUUUUUCUGAUUUGCAUAGGAGGAGAUUCAGAAGAGACCGACAGGAAUGUUUUGGUGGAACUGAAAGCAGUUAUUGAGGAGCAAAGCCCUGUGAACAGAGGAUCAAGGUACACCAAAUGGAAUCCAACAACGGGCGGGUCACCCUGCGAUUGGCCCGGAGUUUCUUGCCUCUGGGGAAGAGUCGCCGGGAUAGACCUCGCCGGCGACUACCUGACCGGCAGAAUGUUCCAAAACUUCUCCGCCCUGACCGAAUUGAGCUCUCUGGACCUUUCCGGCAACACGAUCGGUGGGGCCCUACCGGCUGACCUGCUGACCGAGGGCAUGGCUGCCCCCCUACGGUUCUUGAACCUCUCGCAUAACAUCUUUGACGGGCAGCUCAACCUCACUGCCCAGGGAAUCAUGGAGGUUCUCGACGUGUCCACGAACCGCUUCCAUGGGGAUAUCGGGUCGGGUCUCCCUGGAACCUGUGACUGUCUGGUCGUUGCCAAUAUUUCCAACAACCAUAUCACCGGAGAGAUUCGGGACGCCUUCCAUAAAUGCCGGAAUCUCGAGUAUAUUGAUUUGAGCUAUAACAAUUUGACCGGGAACAUGUUUUCCGGCGGGUUUGACAGGCUCAAGGAGGUUUCGUUAGCUGAGAAUAAUAUGUCGGGCGGGUUACCCGGUUCAAUUUUCAGCCCCAAUUGCAGCCUGCAGUUCCUGGAUUUAUCAGGGAAUCACUUCUCCGGUCUAUUGCCCAAGGAGAUAUCGAACUGUAAAGGUCUAAGGAUCAUAAACCUGUCUGCCAACGAUUUUUCAGGUCCGAUUCCAGCUGAAAUCGGGUCGCUCUUCAGCCUUGAAGGGUUGUACCUGGGAAGCAACCGUUUUUCGAGCCGGAUUCCAGAAACCCUGCCGGCUCUGCCCAACUUACACUCUCUCGACCUAAGCGAGAAUGGGUUUCGGGGCGAAAUCCAAGAGAUUUUCGGGCGAUUCACGCAGGUCAAGCUCCUUCUGCUGCAUGGAAAUCAUUACUCGGGAGGGAUUGUUAAAUCUGGAAUCACCAAGCUGGGCAACCUAUCGCGGUUGGACUUAAGCUACAACAAUUUCUCAGGCCCAUUGCCGGUUGAGAUCUCUCGGAUGGCAAGCUUGACGUUCUUGGCUCUUUCGUACAAUCAAUUCACGGGCGCUGUACCUUCCGAAUAUGGAAACCUCAACGAACUCCAAGUUCUUGAUCUUUCCUCCAACAGGUUAAACGGAUCCAUACCUCCAACUAUAGGGAGGUUAACUUCCCUUUUAUGGCUAAUGCUCGCAAACAACUCAUUGAGAGGCGAAAUCCCGCGAGAGCUAGGGAAUUGCAGCAGCUUGUUAUGGUUUAACCUCGCCGGGAAUGAGCUUUCUGGGCCGAUCCCUCAUGAGCUAGCGAACAUCGGGUCGAACCCGAUGCCGACAUUCUUGUUAAACCGAGAGAGAGAUAAGAUCACGCCCGGAUCCGGUGAAUGUCUGGCCUUGAGGAGAUGGAUACCUGCGGAUUAUCCACCUUUCAGUUUUUUAUAUCCUUUAUUGACUAGGAAAAACUGUAGGAGCCUUUGGGAUUUGCUGCUCAAAGGUGUUGGCAUUUUCCCGGUUUGCGAGCUCGGGAGUACGAUCCGUAGGUAUCGAAUAACAGGUUAUGUGCAACUUUGCGGGAACUAUUUGUCGGGUCCGAUCCCUUCGGAUAUCCGCAAAUUGAGGAAUUUCAGUAUGCUUCACGUAGGGGAAAAUGAUCUCAGUGGGGAGCUUCCACCAGAGAUUGGACGAAUGCCUUUGAUUGUACUGAACGCGACUGGGAACAGAUUUUCGGGGAGUAUUCCAUCAGAAAUUGGGAACAUAAACUGCUUAGAGAAUCUUGAUCUGUCAGGCAACAACUUCUCUGGUUUAUUUCCCAGUAGCCUGACCAAAUUGUCAGAUCUCAGCAAUUUCAACAUCUCUUACAACCCAAACAUCUAUGGUGAUGUCCCUGCCACUGGUCAGCUAGCAACAUUCGACAAGUGGUCGUUCCUUGGGGACCCUUUGCUACGCCUCCCUUUCAUCACCAACAAUAAGUCUUUUAAGCUCAAUCCGACGCAGAACCCAAAAAGGCAGCCGAAAACCGUAACGGUUUUGGUGGUUGCUGGAUUGUUCCUUGCAUUGAUAGUUUGUGGAAUCAUGACCAUUAUCGUCUGCUUUGUCAUAAAAUCACCGAUGGCUUCAUCGGGGUGGUUGUUGGAGGACACAAAAGGUGGCGGCACAUCAGACAGUAGUGUUAAGGUUAUCCGUUUGGAUAAAACAUCAUUCACCCACUCAGACAUCUUGAAAGCAACAGGGAGCUUCUCGGAUGACAGGAUAGUCGGGCAGGGAGGAUUCGGAACAGUGUACAGAGGAGUUCUGCCCGAUGGGCGAGAAGUGGCAGUGAAGAAGCUCCAGAGAGAAGGGGUGGAAGGCGAGAGAGAAUUUCGGGCUGAAAUGGAAGCGUUAAGCGGAAACGGAUUCGGAUGGCCUCAUCCCAACCUUGUCACACUCUACGGGUGGUGCCUUGAUGGCUCCGAGAAGUUGCUUGUCUAUGAGUUCAUGGAAGGGGGUAGUUUGGAAAAUUUCAUCACAGACAGGACCUCAAUGCCGUGGAAGAAACGCCUAAGAAUUGCAAUAGACGUGGCGCGCGCCUUGGCCUUUUUGCACCACGAGUGUUACCCUUGCAUCAUACAUAGAGACGUCAAAGCGAGCAACGUGCUCUUAGAUGGGGCUGGCCAGGCCCGUGUCACGGAUUUCGGCCUUGCUAGAAUCAUGGACGUGUCCAAGACUCACAUUAGCACGAUGGUGGCCGGGACGAUCGGAUAUGUGGCACCUGAGUAUGGGCAGACGUGGCAGGCUACUACAAAGGGCGACGUGUACAGCUACGGAGUGCUAACCAUGGAGCUAGCAGCCGCGAGACGGGCAGUUGAAGGAGUAGGGGAUGAAGAAUGCUUACUGGAAUGGGCGCGACGGGUAGUGGUAGAUGGCCUGAGAGAAUCUACCGGCUGGGCCUCGCCUCCAUUAGUCCCUGGAUUGGCCGACGGGGCAGAGGAGAUGCAUGAAUUGUUGAGGAUUGGGAUUUUGUGUACCAAUGAGGUGCCACGUCUACGGCCAAAUAUGAAAGAGGUUCUUGAUAUGUUGCUUAGGAUUUCACCUUGCAAUAGUACUACUAGGCAUUCCAGUUAUAGUUCAGCUAGUAAUUCAUUUUGAUGUGUACAAAUUUAGAAACAUGAUGCAAAAGAAUGAUUAUACUGUUUACCUAAGUUUCCUUUU